AUGGCUGAAGAGAAGAAAAAGGAUGCGAGUGCAUUGCUGGCCAAAAAGAAAAAAGUGAAGCCACGCAAGUCGAGAGACGCAGACUGCUGCAGUGUAAACUUCUUGAAGUGCGUCCUACAUAUCUUCAAUGUAGUCUUCCUGUUCGCAGGCGCGGGAGUGUUGGGCGUGGGAGCGUGGACGGUGACCUAUCGACAUCGAUACGUGUCUCUGCUGCCGACGCCGACGUACCCAGCUAUUGCGUACCUGCUCAUCAUAGCCGGGGCUAUGGGCGUCCCCUUAUGCGCUCUAGGGUGCUGCGGCCUCAAGACUGAGAACAGAACCAGUUUAUUAUGCUACACUUACUUCCUGCUGAUAACGUUCCUACUGGAGGUGGGCGCGGGCGGGCUGGCCUACUACUACGAGGUGGCCGUCGAGGACGAGCUGCGCGCCGAGCUCAACAACACGUUCCUGUCGAACUACGCACUCGACACCACCGUCACCAAUGCUGUCGAUAAAAUGCAGACUGAGUUCAAAUGUUGCGGUGCCGUGCGGUACUCGGACUGGCGCCACAGCCCGUGGCACGAGCACGACCCGCGCCUGCUGGUGCCAGACUCCUGCUGCAAGACUCCUUCCAACCGCUGCGGCGCCAGGGACCAUCCAUCCAACAUAUACUAUCAUGGUUGCAUACGACAGUUCACGAACCACAUACGGGACCACUUGAUCAUCUUAGCAGCGGUGGGGGUGGGGAUGGCGGUGAUCCCUAUAUUUGGGUUCCUGUUCUCUUGCGUGCUGUACGUGAAGAUAAAGCAUGUGAUAGACUGA